UAUGCGUUUUGCACGGCAAACCCGGAAGAGAAUACAUUGAGUUGCAAAUGUUAAGAUGUUUUCAGAACUAAUUGUGGAAAUUAUGUUGAUACAGUUUGUAUCAAGGACAACGUGUUUCGUUAACCUGGCUCACACCACUGCGCAAACACUUCAGGGAAAUGCAGCAAUGAAUAAAUCGCCUUUCAAAUCCGAGUGGAAUGCUCAGCGUGCAGUUGAUGGAAGUACAGACCAGCUUUAUUCAGAUAAUUCUUGUGCAAUUACUUCACUUUAUUCUGAACCUCUGUGGUGGAAGGUGUGGUUAACCAGGAAAUUUAAUAUCGCUUAUUUGGAAAUAUACCUUAGAGCAGAUACAUAUAAGAGAUCUACAGGAUUCCAUAUUUACACAUAUGACGAUGAAUCGUUUACGCCACCAUAUGGCGUUACAGGAAGUCUAGUGUAUCACCACAAUCCAAUGUCGGACUGUCCGGAUCCAAUAAUGAACAUCACAGUGAACAGAGUAGCACGGGGUGUAGCAUUUUACAACGAACGCCCACUGGGAUUCUCCACAUCAUGUCCAGGUGUAGAUGCAAGCAAGACGUCUCUGGAUAUUUGUGAAGUGAAAGUAAUGGGUUGUGAUGCUACUCGAUAUCAUCCUGGAUGUACCAAGGCAUGUCCAACUAAAUGUAAAGAUUCCCAUUGUGAUGCCUUCAAUGGAUCAUGUAUUUAUGGAUGUGCUUCCCCCACAGCUGUUACCACAAACUGUACAGAAUGUGCUGUGAAUACCUAUGUAUCAAGUGGAACCUGCGUCCGUUGUGUAAACUGUAAAGGUGACAUUCCAUGUAAUAGAACAAAUGGACGGUGUGACAAUGGCUGUGAUAAACAGUGGAUCGGGGACACGUGUAAACUUUGCAGGUCAGGAUUCUAUGGAGAUGAUUGCAACCAACACUGUGGGAAAUGUAAAUCAGGAACAGUUUGUCACAACUAUACUGGACUGUGUCCACAAGGAUGUCAGGAGAACUGGAAUGGUACCAGAUGUGAUGUUUGCAGGUCAGGAUUAUAUGGAGGUGAUUGUAACCAGCAAUGUGGGAAAUGUAAAUCAGCAACUGUUUGUAACAAUGCCAACGGAAACUGCACACAGGGGUGUCAGGGGAAUUGGGAUGGUAUCAGAUGUGAUGUGUGCCCUGUGAAUCACUACGUAUUGAAUGGAGACUGUAUCCAGUGUGGACACUGUAGAGGUGACAGUCCAUGUAACAGAACAACAGGAAGAUGUGAUGAUGGUUGUGAAAAUCAAUGGCUGGAAGACAUAUGCAAGAUUUGUAGGUCAGGAUUCUAUGGAGGAGAUUGUAACCAGCAAUGUGGAAACUGUAAAUCGGGAACUGUUUGUCACAAUGUAACUGGAGUCUGUCCACAAGGAUGUCAGGGGAAUUGGAGUGGUACCAGAUGUGAUGUUUGUAGGCCAGGAUUUUAUGGAGGUGAUUGUGACCAGCGAUGUGGAAAAUGUAAAUCAAGAACUAUCUGUAAAGAUGAUACUGGCUACUGUCCACAAGGAUGUCGAGACAAUUGGAGUGGUCCUAGAUGUGAUGUUUGUAGGCCACUAUUUUAUGGAGGUGAUUGUGACCAGCGAUGCGGAAAAUGUAAAUCAGGAACUAUCUGUAAAGAUGACACUGGAUUCUGUCCACAAGGAUGUCAAGACAAUUGGAGUGGUCCUAGAUGUGAUGAGUGUAUCCCUUACAAGUAUGGACCUAAUUGUGCCUUUGAUUGUGGGCAUUGUAAAGAUGGACGUCCUUGUUCAGCAGGGAAUGGAAGUUGUCUUAAUGGUUGUGAAGAAGGAUGGGAAGAUAUAUCUUGUCUGAAAGUAUUGUCCAAACUGGAUAGGCAAGAGUUUACUAACAGCGACAAAAGUCCCGUCAACGGAUUGUACGUAGCUAUUGGAAUAUUAUCAACACUUCUCAUCGUAACCGUCACAGUUCUAGUGUAUAAAUUUCGAAAACAGAGACAGCAACCCUCUCAAAGACAUGACAAUAACCCGCCACAAAACUUUGUUAAUCAUAUAGAAAUGGAGGAAACACACGAUUACGAUAAACUAGGCGUCAGGGAUACGGAUGAGUACCAGGAACUACCACCCAUUGUUGCUGACCAACCUCCACAGGAGAAACAUGCGUCAGACUCGAACUACAUUAAUUCUACACUACGAUAGAAAGGGAAUUGCAUGCAUCACAUACAUGUACCCCCAAGAAGAAUACAACUACAAUCUUGAAUCAUACAUACCUGAUAUUUUAUUUUAACUAUUACAUUCUUAUCUCUGGAUAUGACAUAUUUUUAUCCUACGGUGUUUUCAUUUGUUUAACAGUGAAUCAUGGGAGUUAUAUUCACCUUUUUUCUCAGUUGUAAUAAAAAACAAAGACCCACCUUUGUACACAUUAAAACAGCAUGUAUG